AUGACCGGUUCUCCUAACGCGGAGAUUCUUUCACCGAAGCCGCCUCCGCUGGCACUUCGGGUGGUGGAACAGAUGAAUGAAGAUCACGAGAAAUCUUGCGAAGAACACGAGAAAAGGCUUGCGGACAUGAAGGCGGAGUUCGAAGAAAAGCGACAGGUGGUAAUGGGCAUCUAUCGCACCUGGCAUCAUGACACAGGCAACGAGGGCGUUGUUGUCAGUCAGCAGGUGUUGAGAGACUGGCUAUCCAAAUAUUGCCUUGAGCGAUACUCUGAAGGCAAGAAGGAAGACGCUCAGUCGGGAUGCCAAAUUGUUGGGCGUUUAAUUCCCAAUUCUGACAUUCAAUGUCCUCACGGGAAACUCGAUCCUGACAAGGCCACAGAAAUGAAAGUAAUAUCCAAGGUAUGA